AUGGACAGCCAUCAGCUCUUUCUCCACGCUGCCGCUACCGGUGACGUAGCAUCCAUGGACCAGGAAUAUGUGAAGAACAAGACAGUCAUCACCGCCAAAGACUCCACUAACCGGACGGCUCUCCACUUGGCUGCCCUCAACGGCCACUUGAACGCUGUCAAACAGCUGCUGGACUACGGCAUUGCUUGGUGCUCGAAGGACAAUCAGGGCCAGACCGCAUUGCACCUUGCCGCGCAGCUAUCAUCCGCAACCAUUGCCGAAACACUCCUUGAGAGAGGCGCGAAUUGCUGCACUCAAGACCACGACGGGAAAACGCCCGUAUUUUACGCCUACCGAAACUAUUCCCCCGAUGUCGUGAGUUGCUUUCUGAAAUAUGUCGAAUCGUCAUGUGGCACGGACAAGAAUUGCAGCCUUACGCCACAGAUCAUUCUCGGGGGUGGCUGCCGCAAAUGGACUCCCCUCCACGCUUAG